GCUCGGGAUCCUCCGUCCUGGAUUCAGCCAUAUUCCCAGCGCUCCGCCACACCGGCAACCGCCUCGACCUCUUCCCAAACCGCCUGCAAUCCCGCGGCGAGCUCCUUCCCGGUGCACUUGGAUAUUUUGAGUCCCGCGCGGCUGCUCCUGGAGCUCCCGGAGCCGGUCCUGGCCCGACAUACCGAGCGGCGGACAUGGAGCAGCGGCGGCCGACCUGAGAGUCGACGGUCCGCCCGACAUCCCGAUCCUUAGAGGAAAGAGCAGAUUUACCGGAUUAAAGCUGAUGCGGAGGGUGGAGAGACGCGGGCCCUCAGGCUGCUAACCGACGGCAACCGACGGUAACCGGAGGAUACUCGGCGACGCUCCGACCACCCCGAGGCUCAAAAUGUCGGGAAGCUUUUCCCGGAGCUAACAGCUAACGGCUAACAGCUAGCAGGCUGAGCUCGGACCUCCGGCAGGAAACGGAGCUUCGGCGGCGGAUACACCCGGACUGAGCGGCGGGGGGGCGGCGCAGGGCGUCCCAGAGAGUCCGGCAGAGACCAGCGGCAAAGACCAGCAGCAGCAUGUCGGCACAGGAGCGGCUGAAUCGGCUGGAGGGGCUGCUCCUGGAGCAGAAGGCGGCGGGCUGCCUGAGCGUGGAGACACUGCUCGACCUGCUGCUCUGCAUCUACACCGAAUGCUCCAACUCCCCGCUGAAGAGGGAGAAACACAUCACCGACUUCCUGGAGUGGGUGAAGCCUUUUACCACCACAGUCAAGGACAUGCGGCUGCACAGAGAUGACUUCGAGAUGCUGAAGGUGAUUGGACGAGGAGCUUUUGGAGAGGUUGCCGUGGUGAAGAUGAAGCACACGGAGCAGGUUUACGCCAUGAAGAUCCUGAAUAAGUGGGAGAUGCUGAAGAGAGCGGAGACGGCGUGUUUCCGUGAGGAGCGUGACGUCCUGGUGAAAGGAGACAGCCAGUGGAUCACCAACCUGCACUACGCCUUCCAGGACGACAACUUCCUGUACCUGGUUAUGGAUUACUAUGUGGGCGGUGACCUGCUGACGCUGCUCAGUAAGUUUGAGGAUCGACUUCCUGAAGAUAUGGCCAAGUUCUACGUGGCUGAGAUGGUGCUCGCCAUCCACUCCAUCCACCAGCAGCACUACAUCCACAGAGACAUCAAACCUGACAACGUCCUGCUCGACGUCAACGGCCACAUUCGCCUCGCAGACUUUGGAUCCUGUCUGCGCAUGAUGGAGGACGGCACGGUUCAGUCCUCGGUGGCGGUAGGCACGCCGGACUACAUCUCCCCGGAGAUCCUGCAGGCAAUGGAAGACGGGAUGGGCCGCUACGGGCCCGAGUGCGACUGGUGGUCUCUGGGCGUGUGCAUGUACGAGAUGCUGUACGGAGAGACGCCGUUCUACGCUGAGUCGCUGGUGGAAACCUACGGCAAGAUCAUGAACCACGAGGAGCGUUUCCAGUUCCCCUCCCAUGUGACUGACGUGUCUGAAGAUGCCAAGGAUCUGAUCCAGCGCCUGCUCUGCUCCAGGGAGCGCCGCCUUGGCCUUAACGGGAUCUCCGACUUCAAGAGCCAUCCUUUCUUCAGCGGGAUCGAUUGGGACAACAUCCGGUCCACCGAGGCCCCCUACAUCCCAGAGGUGUCCUCGCCCACUGACACCUCCAACUUUGACGUGGAUGACGAUGUCCUGAAGAACCCGGACAUUGGACCUCCAGUGUCUCACACUGGUUUCACGGGGCAGCACCUUCCCUUCGUCGGCUUCACCUACACCACCGACAGCUGCUUCUCCGACCAUGGCUCUGUCAGCGGGGCGGGGUUGGGGGUCCGGACGGAGGCCGAUGGCGGAGCGGGAGGGCCGGAGGUGGAAGUGUUUGAGAAGAGGAUCCGCCGCCUGGAGCAGGAGAAACAGGAGCUGAACCGCAAACUGCAGGAGUCGACUCAGGCCCUGCAGGCUCCGGCUCGAGGAGGAACUCUGACUCGAGACAAAGAAAUCAAGAAGCUGAACGAGGAGAUCGAGCGACUGAAGAAGAAGCUGGCAGACUCUGAUAGGCUGGAGCACCAGCUGGAGGAGGCGGUCUCUCUCAGACAGGACUACGAAAGCUCUGCCACCAAACUGAGGAGCCUGGAGAAGCAGGUGAAGAGCCUGCGACAGGAGAAGGACGACGUCCACAAGCAGCUGGCGGACGCCCUGGAGCGCCUGAGGAGUCAGACGAAGGAACUGAAGGAGGCGCACUCGCAGAGGAAGCUGGCCCUGCAGGAGUUCUCCGAGCUGUCGGAGAGGAUGGCCGAGCUGCGCUCCUCAAAGCAGCGCCUGACACGCCAGCUACGCGAGAAGGAAGAGGAGAUGGAGGCGCUGCUGCAGAAGAUGGACACCACGAGGCAGGAGAUCCGGAAGACGGAGAAGAGCCGCAAGGAGCUGGAGGCUCAGCUAGAUGAGGUAAAGGCGGAGGCAUCAAAGGAGAGGAAGUUGAGGGAGCACAGCGAAGUUUACUCCAAACAGCUGGAGGCAGAGCUGCAGAGUCUAAAGUCUCAGCAGGGUCGGGGAGCUGGGGCCGGGGGGGCAGAGUUUCAGCAGGAGCUGUCCCGUCUGAAGGCGGAGCUCGACAAGAAGGUCCUGUUCUAUGAGGAGGAGCUGACGAGGAGGGACUCGGCCCACUCCUCUGAGAUCAAAAACCUCCGCAAAGACCUGCAGGAGUCCGAGGGGGCGCAGCUCGCCACCAACAAGGAGCUGCUGCAGCUCCGAGACAAGCUGGACAAAGCCAAGAGGGACAGGCAGGCUGAGAUGGACGAAGCGCUCGCUGCUCUGAAGGAGAAGCAUGAACGAGAGAAAAACCUGCUGACAGAAGAAAACCGUAAACUGAUGGCAGAGACGGACAAGCUGUGCUCAUUCGUGGACAACCUGACGGCUCAGAAUCGGCAGCUGGAAGACGAGCUGCAAGACCUGGCGUCCAAGAAGGAGAGCGUGGCUCACUGGGAGGCUCAGAUCGCCGAGAUCAUCCAGUGGGUCAGCGAUGAGAAGGACGCUCGAGGUUAUCUUCAGGCUCUCGCCACCAAGAUGACGGAGGAGCUGGAAACUCUCCGCAGCUCCAGCCUGGGAACCAGACCUCUGGACCCCCUGUGGAAGGUGCGGCGCAGUCAGAAGUUGGACAUGUCAGCUCGACUCGAGCUGCAGUCAGCUCUGGAUGCUGAGAUCAGAGCCAAGCAGCUUGUCCAGGAGGAGCUGCGCAAAGUCAAGGCCACCAACAUCAACCUGGAGAGCAAGCUGAAGGAGAUGGAGGAGAAGAGCAAGGAGAUGGGGGAGCAGAUGGAGACCCUGAAAAAGGAGAUGGAGGACAGCCGCUCCCGCUCCGAUAAAGGUCUGAAGCUCCCAGACUUCCAGGACCCCAUCUUUGAAUACUUUAACACGUCUCCUCUGGCCCCAGACCUCACCUUCAGAGCAUCAGUUUGCUCUGCCUCCUCGCUGCUUGCUGUCUGGGAAGAACCUUCAGACAUAGAUGCCACCAAAUCAGAGACCACGCCCCCUUCGCCCUCCACAACUUCCGAGCACGAGGAGGUUAAAGCGGUUCCUUCAAGCCCCUCUCCCACCUACCAGAGCAUAGCGCUGACCACACCAAAGCCCAAAGCACACCAGCUGAGCAUCAAGACGUUCUCCAGUCCGCCUCAGUGCACUCACUGCACCUCUCUGAUGGUGGGGCUCAUCCGGCAGGGAUACGCCUGCGAAGUGUGCUCCUUCAUCUGUCACGUUUCCUGUAAAGACCACGCCCCUCUGGUCUGCCCAAUCCCAGCAGAGCAGGCUAAGAGGCCGCAGGGCAUCGAUGUCCAGAGAGGAAUCGGCACUGCUUAUAAGGGCUAUGUCAGAAUCCCAAAGCCCAGCGGCGUGAAGAAGGGCUGGCAGCGAGCGUUUGCUGUGGUCUCUGACUGUAAACUCUUUCUCUACGACAUCCCGGAGGGAAAGUCCACCCAGCCUGGGGUGGCGGCCAGUCUGGUCCUCGACCUCAGGGAUGAGGACUUUUCCGUCUGUUCUGUCUUGGCUUCUGAUGUGAUCCAUGCAACCAGGAAGGACAUCCCCUGCAUCUUCAGGGUGACCUCAUCGCAGCUGAUCUCGCAGCUGUCUUCCGUGUCUCUGCUCGUCCUGGCAGAGAGUGAGGUGGAGAAGAGAAAGUGGGUCCGGAUCCUGGAGGGUCUGCAGAGUAUCCUGACCAAGAACCUGCUGAGGAGCCAGCAGGUCCACGUUCUGCACGAGGCCUACGAUGCCUCGCUGCCUAUCAUCAAGACCACGCUGUCCGCCGCUGUGCUCGAUCGGGAGAGGAUUGCCCUGGGCACAGAUGACGGACUAUUUGUGGUUGAAGUCACGAGAGACGUGAUUGUGAGAGCCGCCGACAGUAAGAAGGUGCAUCAGAUUGAAUUAAUCCCAAAGGAGAAGAUAAUCGCGCUCCUCUGCGGUCGGAACCGUCAAGUUCAUCUUCACCCCUGGGGGGUGCUGGAGGGUGCGGAGUCCACCUUUGAUGCCAAGCUGGCAGACACCAAAGGCUGCCAGGCUAUGACGACCGGUGUGCUCCGCCCCGGAGGCCCCGCCUGCCUGCUGGCUGCCAUCAAACGUCAGGUUCAGUGCUACGAGAUCACUCCGGCGAAGCCCCAUCACAAAAAGCUGUGGGAGGUGCAGGCUCCAGGUGUGGUGCAGUGGUUGGGGAUGGUCAGGGACCGGCUGUGUAUCGGUUACCCGUCUGGCUUCGCUCUGUUGGCCCUGCAGGGGGAGUCGUCCCCCAUCAGCCUGGUCAGCCCCGCAGACCCGUCGCUGGCCUUCCUGGCGCAGCAGCCGCUGGACGCUCUGCACGCCCUGGAGGGCGGAUCCAGCGAGCUGCUGCUCUGCUUCAGCCAGCUCGGCGUCUACGUGGACGGACAGGGACGCCGGUCCCGGACCCAGGAGCUGAUGUGGCCCGCCACACCGCUCGCUUUCUGCUCUAACUCGUCUCACCUGACGGUGUACAGUGAUUACGGGGUCGAUGUUUUUGAUAUUCACACCACAGAGUGGGUCCAGACCCUCUCCCUCCGCAAGAUCCGACCUCUGAAUGUUGAAGGGACGUUAAACCUGCUGAAUUCAGAACCUCCUCGCCUGAUUUACUUCAGCAACACCUCAUCAGAGGGUGACCUUACCAUCCCAGAGACAUCAGAUCACAGCAGGAAGUUGAUGGUUCGAACUCGCAGCAAGAGGAAGUUCCUCUUCAAGGUUCCUGAGGAGGAGCGACUCCAGCAGAGGAGGGAGAUGCUGAGGGAUCCGGAGCUCCGGUCUAAGAUGAUUUCUAAUCCCACCAACUUUAACCAUGUGGCCCACAUGGGACCAGGAGAUGGCAUGCAGGUCCUCAUGGACCUCCCUCUGAGUGUGAUGCCCUCCUCUCAGGAUGACUCCUUUAAAGACAAGCCCCGCCCCCUCUCCAGUAUCUCCCGGCAACAGAGGAGCAAGUCGCACAUCACGCGCACAGCUUCAGAUUUUGGGGGAGGAGCUUCAUCCCGCAGCAUCUGUGACCCAGAGGAGGCGGACCGAGAGCCCGACUCGGACUCCACCAAACACUCGACGCCCUCCAACAGCUCCAAUCCCAGCGGCCCCCCCAGCCCCAACUCCCCCCACCGCAGCCAGCUCACCCUCGAUGGCCUGGACUCAGAGCCCUGAGGCGACACCCCCACCUGAGAACAGCCUGAUGAAUCAGUCGGGCUGCAGAGAGCUUAGCUUUUACUUUGAGGAUUUUAUUCUGGCGGGGUGUGUCUCAGCUUCCUGCUGCUUUUAUUUUGUUGGAUUUUACCUGCUGGGAAGCUCCACUCCCUGGUUUUAGCCCAUCCCUGCUGACAGCUGCUGUGACCUUUGACCUUUGCUCUGAUUGGCUCUGUGGGACUAGCGCCUCCUGUUCUUGUCUGUGUAAUGACUUCCUGUUGGCGUGCGAGCAGACGGAGGUCUCACUCUGACGGAAAAACACUGAAUUAAUUUUGUUAAAGUUGCACAUCAUCUUCAUCAUUACCACCUUCAUCGUUGUUGUUGUUGUUGUUGUUUAGGGGUAAAAUAAUCUUUGAUUUGUGUCAGUGAUGAUCUUUCCUGUUGCCCCUCCUCUGACUUGGCUCCGCCCUCUGCUCAGGCAGAGACAGGUGAGAGGUGGGGGGGGGGUCACACCUGAACACUACUGCUUUGUUUCUUCCAGAAUCACCAGUUAAAGAAUCUUUGUAAUGAUAAACUAUUAGUGGCCAAAAACACAAUAAAAGAACCUGAAGAGAAA